ACUUUGUUACUUACACCUUUUACUACUUACCUUCACUCUCAUAUCUUUUGCCAGUCAUGGUUCGAGAAACUAAAUUUUAUGAUCUUCUUGAUGUAUCGCCCAACGCCUCAGAAUCCGAUUUGAAAAAAGCCUACCGCAAAAAGGCUUUGCGGUUACAUCCAGAUAAAGGUGGAGAUCCUGAGUUGUUCAAGGAAGUGACACACGCAUAUGAAAUUUUAUCCGAUUCCGAGAAGAGAAGCGUUUAUGAUGCGAGAGGAGAAGCUGGGUUAUCAGAAGCUGGUGGCAUGGGUGGUAUGGACCCUCAAGAUUUAUUCAGUUCACUCUUUGGUGGGGGCGGGCUCUUCGGCGGAGGAGGAGGAAGCUCACGGGGAGGGCCUCGUAAAACCAAAGAUCUUGUUCAUCGGGUACACGUCACCCUCGAAGAUCUGUACAAGGGGAAAACCACGAAAUUGGCUCUCACACGGAACGUUAUCUGUUCAAAGUGCAAGGGCAAAGGUGGAAAGGAGGGCGCCACCAAGACUUGCAAUGGCUGUAAUGGUCGUGGUGUCAGAGUCACCUUGCGACAGAUGGGACCCAUGAUUCAACAGAUCCAGUCCGGUUGCGAUGAAUGUGGAGGCUCUGGCGAAACGAUAUCAGCAAAAGAUCGGUGCACACAGUGUAAAGGAAAGAAAGUCCUCCCAGAGAAGAAAUUCCUCGAGGUUCACAUUGAUAAGGGUAUGAAAGGCGGACAGACAAUUCAAUUUCGAGGUGAAAGCGAUCAGUCUCCAGGAGCUGAGACGGGAGACGUUGUCAUCGUCAUCGAGGAAAAGCCACACGAAAGAUUCAAGCGUCAAGAUAACGACCUUCUCAUUGACGUUGAGAUCGAUCUCCUCACUGCACUUGCUGGGGGUGAAUUUACCAUUAAACAUCUCGAUGAUCGUGCGCUACUGGUUAAAAUUGAACCCGGUGAAGUGAUAAAACAUGGCGAGCUGAAGGUCAUUCAUGGCCAGGGUAUGCCAUCUCAUCGACACCACGAACCAGGAAAUAUGUAUGUGAAGUUGAACGUCGUGUUUCCCGACUCCAUAGCUGUGGAAGCCAUACCACAUCUCGAGAAAGCACUUCCACCCCGGACACCACCUCAGACUUUCCCCCACAACAUUGUCGUCGAGGAGGUUUCCCUUCAGCAGAGCGAUUUACGCUCCACCCCCCGGGAAUAUCAGGACGAUGCAAUGGAUGAGGAUUCCGAGCCUCGCGUCCAAUGCGCAAAUCAAUAGAUUUUUCCAUGUGCGUUCCAUUUGGUCGUAGUUAUUUUAGAUUCUGUUGUAUCGUACUGCUUUUACUUCAUACAUAUAUCUACCACGU